AUGCUCGAUCCCCACGCCAAUCCCACAACUAGCAGGUCGUACGUGACUCCUGACUUGAGAGAGUGAAACAGAUUAAAGGCGCGACAAGAAAAGAUAGAAAGCAAAGAAGGAGAACAAUAUGAAGCUGAUGGUUAUGGCGGGAGCAAUAGUCCUCAUAUUGAUCAUCAUGGCCGGAAGCGGUGAGAGCUCAGUCCUUGAGAAGGUCGGAAGCAGAAAAGGAUGGAUCCCAAACUUCAACUACACUCAAUGGUCUACUCAACACCAUUUCUACGUCGGCGACUGGCUUUUGUUCGUGUUCGAUAAGCGGUACUACAAUGUGCUGGAGGUGAACAAGACGAGCUACGACGGGUGCGAGGAGAAAGGGUUCGCGAGGAACAUAACGAAGGGAGGGAGGGACGUGGUGGAGCUCACCGAGGCGAGGCCCUAUUACUUCAUCAGCGGCGGCGGUUACUGUUGGGGCGGCAUGAAAGUUGCUGUCAACGUCGAAGCACGGCCAGUUUCACUGGCGCCAGCGCCGGCUCCUAGCUCUCACGCUAACGAUGCAGUUGCCUUACCAGCUAAUUAUUACCAUGUUGCAUGCGCUUCAAUAUGCUUCAUGAUCAUUAUCCUAUAUAUUAUUGUUGUGUAG